GCCAUCGUCUCCAACCCAGCCUCUCAGCACAGAGCUCCCUUCCACGCACCUUCCCCCUAACCCGCAACCCAACCAACCACACGAACCCCGCGAAGAAGAAAGAAAGAAAGAAAGCAAAGAAGCUUCCAACUAUCCUCAUCAUCGCCCACAACUCCCCCCCGCCCAAGCCGUAGAACAACCGAUAACCCUUCCGACCAGUAUCUUCCCCGUCCCCGCCGCGAGCAAAGCUCUAUAGCUCCACACCUAGCUCCUCAACCCAUGAUGCUGCACUCGACGUUCUCCCGCCUGCGCGACUACCUGACGCCGGCGUCGCACACGUCCACGUUCGCGUCGACGGGCGAGAUCACGCCCGAGGAGUUCGUGCAAGCGGGCGACUACCUAGUGUACAAGUUCCCAACGUGGGCGUGGGCAGCUGCGCACCCCUCGAAGCGCGUCAGCUACCUCCCGGACGAGAAACAGUAUCUAGUGCUGAAGCACGCGCCGUGCCGCACGCGCCUCGACGAUAACUUCUCGACCUGGAACCCGGGCGAUGAGGAGGGGUGGGAUGGAGGCGUUGCUGCUGCGGGAGGCGACGAGGCGCACAAGGCAAGGCCGAUAGAGCGCGUGCAGAGCGUGGGCGACAGUGGCGAUGUCGAGGACGAGAGCGACGAUGAGAUCCCAGAUAUGGACGAUGAGGAGGAUGACGACGAGGCGAUCAUCCGCGAUACGGCCAGGAAGGGGAAGGGUGCGAAGACGCCGAUGAGGUACUAUAACCUCUAUCUUACCUACUCGACGUACUUCAAGGUCCCAAGACUGUUCAUCUCCGGCUUCGAUGGCGCUACCAAUAUCCCCCUGCAUCCGCCCACCGUCAUGUUUGAGGAUAUCUCGUCGGAUUAUAGCCAGAAGACCGUCACUAUCGAGCCCUUCCCCUGCCUCGAGACCCCAUUGCAGAUGGCUUCGGUUCAUCCUUGCAAACACGCUGAGACGAUGAAGCGCAUCUUUGACGGCAUGGCGAGCAGGAAGGCGCGGAGGGAUGCUGCGGCUACUGAAGACGCGCUGCCGGCGGACGAGACCGCCACUACCACCGCCGCUACCACCACUAUCGAGACCUCCGCCGCCGCCAUCGAGCCCACCACCACCGCUGCCACCGCUGCCACCACUACCCCUAAGGAGACAGAAGAGUGGGAGCAGGUUGGUGCGGAGGAAGAUGAUGGCGGACUCAGGGUCGACCAGUACCUGGUCGUCUUCGUCAAGUUCAUGGCCGGUGUUAUGCCCGGUGUAGAGAUGGACUAUACGAUGGGCAUCUAAGUGGGGUGACAGAUGAGGGAGGGUGUGAGGAGGGAGGAAAUUGACGUGUCAAGCUCCCGACCGCGUGUAUGGGUUCGUUCUAUCUAGACAAGGCUUGUUUGCUAGGCUCACUUUUAUUUUAUUAUUUCUAUCCACUUCUAUUGCCUGCUUUCUUUCUUUCUUUCUUUCUUUCUUUCUUUCUUUCUUUCUUUCUUUCUUUCUUUCUUUCUUUCUUUCAUUGCUUCU